AGACUGUUUGCCAGUCUGAUCUUGGGCCCUCUUACGCACAUUAUAAACUCUUCCCUGCUGACAGGCGUGUUCCCUAACGAAUGGAAAUUAUCCGAAGUAACACCACUACAUAAAGAUGGUGAUAACGAAGUUGCCUCGAAUAACACUCUUAGAAAUAUUAUGUCAAAAGUUUGUGAGAGAGUCGCUCUAGAUCAGUUCAGCUCAUAUUUAACAACCAACCAUCGUUUAUCACCUCAUCAAAGCGGAAACAGGAAAGCCCACUCCACCGAGACUCUAAACAUUCUCGUAAGUGACACAAUGUUGGAAGCAAUCGAUAAAAAGAACGUAACGGCAGUAGUUUUAUUAGACAUGUCAAAAGCCUUUGACAGCGUCAGGGUAAGCCAUCCAAUUCUCCUUCAUAAAUUGAAAUGUGUCGGCGUUUUUUCGCAAGCUGUCGGAUGGUUUAAGAGCUAUUUGUCAGGUAGAAGACAAUAUGUACGUAUUGGAUCCACAGUAUCAUCCGUCCUUCCACUGUCUCAUGGCGUGCCACAGGGCACCAUCCUAUCACCAUUAUUGUUUUGUAUUUAUACAAAAUUAAUGACAUAUUCCAGCGAUCCCACUGUCAAGCAAUAUCGACUCCUACGUCGACGACUCAAAACUUUUUCUGACGUUCAGUAUGAAAGACACAAAACAAACAAUUAUCAAGUUGGAGUCGAUCUUCGCAGUGUAGCCAAGUGGUGUUUUGAACAUCAAUUGCUGAUUAACCCAAACAAAACUAAAUUCCUCCUUAUCGGUUCGAGACCCAUGUUACAGAAUUUACCUGCAAAUAUAUCUUUAAAUUUCUUGAAACAGACUAUGAAUCCUGUAACGUCGGCCAAAGAUCUGGGAACUACAUUUGACUCAAAUUUAUCAUAUAAUGAGCACAUUUCUAAUUUAACUUAA